GUCCACCCCAUCCCCCAUUUGAUCUUUGGGCUACUUAUACGUCAGAGGGAAAAAAUUGGGUAUUACUCGUGGCUGCGGCGCGGCGGACUGUGUGAGGACAGUGACGCAUCCAUUGGUCGGCGUAUAACGCCUGCGUAAGAUCUGUCUAUACGCACUUGGGGGGGUUGAAGGGUCGAGAAAACAAACUCUAAGCAUACGCAGACCAGAAUCCGCUAGGAGUGCGCGUCCCGUUUGCCGUUACUGGGGAAAUCCUGCGUUCGAUUUUUGACGUUUAGUGUUGUAUAGCGAAGAGAGUUUCGAUUUUGACGUUUAAAUUUUGGCGCUUCCAUGGAGUUUACAGAGACGUACCUGGAAAACGAGGCGUCGACAAGCAAACAAGGAUAUGCGGACGUGGAAAUCGAAGCACCAACAAGCAAUGAAAGAUACGGUGAAAAACUGCAGUUUGAUCCAGCAGGCCCCUUUGAAAAGAAUCGUUUCCGCACCGACUUCUGCUGGCUCAUGGGAUUUCUGGUCUUCCUGUGUGUCUGGUUAAUAGUAAUAAUUUACGCAUUUUCUGCCGGUGACAUAGGCAAAUGGCAGGGUCUGACAGACAGUCAGGGCCGGGUCUGCGGCUACGACCUGGACGUCUACGACAGGCCCUACCUUAUGCAGUACAACAAAGAAGAGUGUCCAAAUCACGAAUGUCUGAUGUGCGUAAAAGAAUGUCCUACAUUCACUUUCAACUACCACAACCACAAGGCGUUGGUAAUGAGGAUGGUGCUAGCCAACUCAACAAUAAACUCGACAGCGGUGCCGACAGAAUCCACAACAAUAACGACUUCGAUGACGAGCGAGUCAACGACUUCGACGAACGAGGCAACGAUGUCCAGUUCAGGGAUCGAGACGACCGUCGCAAGCUCCACAGUGUCGAGCUUGCAGAGCGAAACGACGACUGAAUCAGCAAGAUCGAAACGACAAGUUAAAAGCAAGCGUAAAUAUUCGACGUCGAAUAUCCAUACGUAUCUGACUUUCCAGGAGAUGAAGAAAUACAUGAUCUGCAGACCGGAUGUUAAGUUCAAGGAGUCCAUAACGUUCGAAGAGCUCGAUUACAUGGUCAAAGAGAGAAUGUGCGCGUUGGAUUAUUACAAGAGCGAGAGCCAAGAGGGAGGCCUGUGCUAUGCUUUUAACGAAACCGGCCGCGACAGCUGGCGGCACACCUUGCCCAAAAUCAGCAGGGAUAUCCGCAACACUAAAUACUCCGUAAUAGGCUUCAUCCUGCUGAGCGCUUGUAUGGCUCUGAUGAGCAUAGCUCUCAUGCGCUGGUACGCCCCGGCCUUCGUUUGCGGAUCGAUCUUCACCGUGUGCGCCGUUGUUUUCUACUUCAUUUACGAGUCCUGCAUCAAAAGAGCCGAGAGCAAAACCAACGGUGUACUUCUGGCCCUCUUCAUCUGCGUAGUGGUGCUCGUACUCAUUGUCCUCGUUUGCAUAUACUACAGAAAGGAGAUCUACCUGGCUUGCCAGAUGAUACGCGAAUCCAGCAAAGCCAUAAUGAGCAUACUCUCGAGUUUGGGCGUCUCCUUCGUCUGCUUCCUUGUUUACAUUCUCAUCCUGACCCUCGGCGUGAGCGUCUACUUUUCCUUGACGACCAUCGAGUCGCCGGACUAUCGCGUUUACUACGCGAAAAACGCAACCUUCUACGAUCAACCCGAAGACAGAAUGGUAAUCUACAAAGAAAGCUGCGACUGUCCCGAUGAGCUCGGUUACUCGGACGAUUCCACCUGCGAUCCGACGACCUUUGAGGCCGCGUGUUACAACAAAGACGAAGACAGGAAGUGCGUACUGUCAGGUUGCUAUCUGCAUAGCAUGAAGUCGAAAAGCGCCGGAUUUCUGCAUCUUCUCAACUUUCUCGGACUCUUCUGGAGCUACGGGUUCGUGGUAGGUUUCGGAGAUAUGAUACUGGCCAGCGCUUUCGCCACCUGGUACUGGACCUUCAACAAGAAGAUCUUGUCGUAUCUGACGAUCAUCGAAGGAUUUUGGAGAGUCAGCACGUACCAUUUGGGAACGAUAGCCCUCGGCGCCCUAAUCAUAGUCAUCUGCACGAUAAUACGCUUCAUAAUCAAGACCACGUACAAGGGCCUGAACAAAGUCAACAAGCCCAUAACCGCUCUGAUCCUCUUGAAUCUAAAAUGCUGCUUCGAUAUCUUGGAGAACUUCUUGGAGUUCGUCAAUCGUCGAGCUUAUAUCGCGUGCGCGAUCCACGGCACUGACUUCAUUCAGUCCGCCAGAUCGGCUUAUUAUCUCAUCAAGCGUAACAUCGCACGCGUCAUUCUCGUUUGUCAGGCAACGCACUGGAUGCUCUUCGUCCUCAUAGUUCUGAUCUCCAGUAUAACCACGAGGAUAGCCGUCGGCUAUUACGACAGUCGCAGCGAAGAUAUUAGCUUCAUCAGCGUACCAGCGUUUUUGGUGUUCGUAGGUUCGUAUCUGGUGACGCGUCUGCUGCUUCGGGUCGUCGAGGUGGCCAUUGACACAAUUUUCCACUGUUUCCUCGAAGACACCGAGCGCAACGACGGUACCAAUGAAAGACCCUACUUCAUGAGCGAUGAGCUCACCAAGUUCCUGCAGAAGAAGUGAUAAGCUGUUGCGUAUAAAAUAUAUAGCUUCAGCUCGACGUGCAAUAUUAUUGAUCGGAAGUUAGCUUUGCCGUGUCAUCGCGAUAUUUUGUGUGUGGUAUGUUGAAUCUCAUCGACCCCUUGGCAAUAAUAUAUAGAAUGAAUAUAGCGGUGUUAUGUAUACUUAUAUUUGAACGGGAGAUCGCAUAUAUUAUAUAUAUAUAUAAUUUAUCAAGGUUUUUUUAUCUGAAUGAGUUUCUCGAGAUUUUAACAUCUUUUGUAUUGAGUCAUACUAUAUAGAUAGAAUUUUUAGUGGAGCGUUAAAUUAUCAGAGAGACGCAAUCGAAGAAUUGAUUAAUUAUCGGUGUUGUAUACGUUAUUUAUUGUAAUCAAGUUAUUUGUGAGAUUCGAUCUCCGUUACGUAUAAUUAACUUCACUUUGAAUCAUGGAGAGAACAAUUAAUAAGUGUUAAUGAAUAGUUGAACUUGCUUAUUUAUUAUAGUUAUAUUAAUUGAUUAAUAAAAUCACAUAAUGUAUUUAUAUUUAUAAUUAUAAUAUUUAUAAUAUAGUCGAUAUAUAUGCGUUGAAAAUAUAACGCAAACUCGCGGUGUAUGACAAUAAUUAUAUAUACAUGCCUGUUCAAUGUCUACUGACAUAAUAAUUAUGAGAUUCUGUUGAAUAACGACCUUUACAUUGUAAAAGUUUAGGAAUGAUAUUAAGACAACUUUUAUUAUUGUAAUUUAUAUCUUGCUAAUAUAACGCGAAUAUAUUACGAAAAUGAGAUUAAGUAAGUCAAUAUAUCAUAAAAACAGGAGCAAUCAAGCGAGUGUGGAAAGUCAAAAUGAAAGUACUUAUAGCUAUGUUAUUCUUCGGCAGUAUUAACUCGAUAGAAAUAUUAAAAACGUUCGUAUAAAGUUUUAAUCAGAAUGUAUGUGCGUGUUUAUAAAAUGUAAGCGUUUGUCUAUAUUCUAAGUAAACUCACAUCAUCAGAACGUAACAUAAAACGCAAAGAUUUAUAAUUGUUAUAUCAUGAGUAUCGAGAUUUUAAAUAAAUUUUCAUGGCUCCCCGCGCACUGUAGAAAGCAAAAAAUCAUGAUUACAGAACACGUUUUUCGGAAUUUUCAAGCUUGUGAUAAAAUAUGUAACAAUUUUAUCUCUUUGAUACAAGCAAUGAAUCAUUGUGCUUCUGUAAGGCCUCACUUAUACUUACAUUGUCAGUAUAUUAUAAAAGUACGUACAGCAUAUUAUAUUAUAAUGUCGGCAGCAAAAAUAAAUCUGUUAUUGUAAA